AUGGUCGAUGAGGAGACAGGGGAUCACCAAAAGAAAUGGUCCCAUUUUGUUGAAAUUAAUAAAUACUUUCGAGCCCCGCUUAACGCCUGCCGAUCGGAGCCCUGUUUGCGAGAUGCGAAGAUUCGAAAAAGUGCUCUUGCUCUUCACCAAACGAAUUUGAGUUUGUCCUGGCAACUGGCAUGCAAUCCGGCGGACAGCUCCCAUCUUAACGAUGACUAUGCUCAGCUGCCUCAGUCGAAGCAAUACAGACAUGACCCGAAGGAUUCGAAAAAUCUGAAGACGAAAGACAAACGCAGGCCAAAGUUGAGAACGGAUUCCAAAGCAAAGAAAGCAAAGCCCAAAGUGCCUGUUGAUUUGCCCAAAAUUAUGCUUGUGGACGCCGCCAAGAAAACGACGAAGCAAAAAAAUAAUCAAGUAGAGAAGUUCAAACGAAGGGAUCAGGUCAAGAGUCCUAGCAAAGAAAUGCGACGUGAUCAAGAGGAACGCUCGCGUCGUGAAGUCUCUGCACAGAGUAAGCAGGAAUCCACGAUGGGAACGAGUCUCAAGAAAUCACAAGCUGAACCCAAAAAGAAAUAUGGAGUGCCGCUCUGUCAGCGCCCAACGUUGCUACUGGGUCCCCGAUAUCAUGCUGAUCUACAGAACUAUUAUCAGCAGCAGUAUUACAAUCAAUUUAUGCAACAGCAGCAACAACAGCAAAUGAUGCAGCAGAUGAUGUACUAUCAAACUGAGCAGAUGGGAUUGAAUCCUCAGAGUCCUCGAUAUGCAGUGCCCAUUGAAUCCAUGUACAACAAUGUGAAGAAGGGCAACCGUUAUUGCGGCAACUUUUACUACCGAUAA